AUGUUGCAGAGUAUUUCAAUCUCAGAUUACAAACAAUCCCCCCAAUCCAUAUUCAACUCUCUACAAUCACAGGGUGUUAUCAGAUCAGUCAACCUAAAUUCGGGAAUCAAGUCAUCAGCCAUCAAAUCAAGUGGGUCCAAAAGAUUGCACUCAGAAUGCAACUCUGAAUUACAAUUGUCUGUCAGCAGUGAGAAUUCCAAAUAGCGCUCCUUCUCAAUGCAAUCCAAUCGACCCACCAUCACAAGGUAAUUAUCCCACAAUCAAUCCAUCAUUGACACUGUCAACAAGAAGAUAGUCUCGGAAACUAAGGAGAAUAAGUUCGUCUCCAUCAAUCAGCAUGAGUAAGUCUAGUAAGUCUCGGAUUUCAAUUAAAAAAACUCUAAAGAACAACAUACUCUAAUUAAUUUAUAAAACAAGGUUACUAUUCUGAUAGAUGAGAAUCAAAAACUCAUACUCAUCAAUGAGCAAUUAAUGUAGGAGUUGGAGAAAGCUAAGAUUGCUUAUGAAACCAACAAUCAGACUGUAUUAUUAUAAUCAUUAUAAAGAGAAACACAAUCACUCUAACAAACUGUUUUGUAAUACAAAAAAGUCAAUAAUUAACAAUCAUAGCAAAUCUUAGAAUUGCAACAAAUACUCAAUGAGAGAGAAGAAUUGAAUAUUGAAUAGAAAUCCAUCACUAAUUAAUAAUUGAUUGAAUCCUAAUAGGCCAACAAGAUAUUCAAAGAACAAUUCCUCUAAUUGUCAUAGAAGUAUUUGUUGAAAUGCUUCGAAUUGGAGAGAUUGCAAAUAGUUGAAAAAGCAUGGUCGGAUAAAAUUAACAUCGUAUUGAAGGAGAAUGAGAACUUGAAUCUCAUGCUGCAACAGCGUUUGAAUGAGCAGAUACAAUUGCAACAAUAGUACAAAUAGCAGAAUGAAAUCAUCAUCAAGUUGGAAUAAGAAAUAUGCUAUUUGCAAUCAUAAUAGAAGGAGCACAGCUAUAUCAUAACUAAAAAGAAUCAAGAUCAAAUUCAAAUUAUUGCAGAUCUGAACAAAUAAUUUGAAUUAAAAAAUGAAGAAAAUAAGAAAUUAAAUGAAUUGAUAUAAUAAUAAGAGUAUAAGUGGAGAUAAUCUUGCAUUGAAUUUGAGAAGGAGAUGAAGUAAUCUUAUUCCACUAAAUUGAAUUUAGAAAUCAAACAUCAAGUCUAGAUUAUUCGAGAUGAUUAUUAAAAAUCAUUAAUGAAUUAUGCCUAAACUAUAGCAGUAUUGUAGGGUUAAAUGCAAAUCCUAUAAAAACAAAAUGAAUAGCUUCACAGAGUUAAUUCUCAAAAUUCCAAUUUGAAGGAAUGGAAGCACGAAAAGCAAUUAUACUUUGAAAUAAUCUAAGAAUUGUAAUAGAAAGUAACAGAACUCACAAGUCAAUUGGCAACAAUCUUAAAUUACAAUUCAAAUUACGUGAGCGAUUACAAUAGUUUAGGAAUCUAGGAAUAAUUGAAUAAAUUGGAAGAUUGCUAAAAGUACAACCAAAAAAUGUACAAAAAAUGCUAAUAAAUUUUCAAUUAAAAAUUUUAUGUUUGA